AUGGAAUCGUCUGGCCCGGACACUCCUGUGCUAGACCCGAAACCUCACGACAUUGUGCCUGAGAAGCAGCAAAAUGAACAAAAGUCGGAGCUGAAUGGCCCUCCAACUCAGGAGACAAAAACAACCGAGCCUGCCAAGACUUCGCAACUGGCAGACGAGCCGACCCUAAGAAGUGAUUCAGAGCCGAAGCCCGUUUCUGAGGCUCCUGGAACACUGGAGAGCCAGGAGGGCCUGGCUACCGAAUCAAAGGAGCCAGAGAAACCACCGCCGGCGUUAGACGAAGAGGAGAAGAAAUCGACCGAACCAUCUGAUACCAUAAAGCCCGAACAAAGUGUUGUUGCUGUCCCGGCAGUCGAGGAAUCUGAUGUUAAGCCUCCCGCAGAGGAAUCUGCCAAAAAGCUGGCAUCAGACACUGCGCAAGACACAGAGAUGACCGACGUACCUAGCGAGAAGGUUGACAAAACUGUCGAGCCAUCAGCUUCCGGUGAGGCCACAGUUACUUCGCAGGAUGCCACCGCUUUGCCGACUUCCCAGGUAGACCUUGGCCCAAGCAGCAAGUCGCAGCUGGCUAUUGAUACUGCUGAGAAAGCCAUUUCGCCUACUGAGCCCACCGGCGACUUGCCUAUGCACGAUGCCCCUGGUGUCAAAAUUGCUCGUGAGAGGGAGGAUGAUGCCAGCGAGGAGCCCGCACCCAAGAGAGCCAGGACUGAGCCAGAGGAAGACGAGGCCGCUCCCGUGCCCUCUACGACUGAUGUCCCUUCAGAUGCUCAGGCUGAGGUGGUUGUUUCUGGUACUGAGUCCCCCGGUCUUGCGCCCACUGCCCUGAACAAGCUGUCAAACUGGCUGGACGAGGAAACCAACAAGCGAGAGAUUUCUCAUUUUCAGCGCCGUGAAAUGCGAAAGGUUAUUGGACGUGUCAAGAAGACCAAGGCUGGUGGUCACUUUAGAGAUUCCGUACAGAAACUGUGGCCGGCUCUGUGGGAUAGCUAUGUCGCCAAGGUCGAUCGGCCCAUGGACCUCGCGGAACUGGAAAGGGGACUGCGAGAUUUGAACGGCCCGUACAGCACCUAUGGUAAAUUUCGAUCCGACUUAAGAUUGAUUUUUGACAAUGCAUUGCUAUUCAAUGGUCCGCAUCACGAUAUCACUGCGUCGGCUGUCACGGCUGUCAGGGCUGUUUGGGAAGAGGUGCUUCCCAUACCUUCCGAAGAACCAGCAAAGCCAAAAGCUGUACCCAAGGCUAAACCCAUUCGCGAAUCCCGUACCGUAGCCAAUGCCGACGCGGCCCGCCGACAAUCCGCAGGACCUACUGUUAGCCCGGUCGCAGAGACACCUGCAAACAAACCCGCAGUGGUUGCUACGCAAGAUCAUUCUGCAGAUCGUCGUAGCUCAACCGCGACAGAAGGUGAUAGGCCAAAGCGGACAGUGCGUGCUCCAAAGCCCAAAGAUAUCGACUACACAACCAAGCCGUCCCGCAAGAAGCUGAAGCCUGAACUCCAAUUCGCUGAGGAAGUUCUUGCCGAGAUAAUGUCCGGAAAGAAUCACCAGUUGAAUGCCUGGUUCAUGGAUCCUGUAGAUGCAGAAGGACUUAACAUUCCUGAUUACUAUUCCGUCAUCAAAAAGCCCAUGGAUCUCAACAAAGCGUCGCGUAUGCUCUCUGGAGGUGAAAUCUCGAAUUUGAAAGAGUUUGAUAAGACUGUCAGGCUUAUUUUUGACAACUGCUACAAAUUCAAUGGACCUGUUGAGCAAGGUAACCCAGUGUCUGCUAUUGCCAAACAACUGGAAGAACUCUACGUUGCACAGAUGAAGGGCAAGGAUGCUUGGCUAGCAAAAUAUGCCAAGGCCAAUGCUCCUGCCUCUGCGUCCAACGCUAGUGACGACGACGAAGAGGAUGAAGAGGAGGAUGGCGAGGACGCUGUUGAUGCUCCUGUCGACACUCGGGCCGUCGAAGAACUUCAAGCUAAGCUUGAGGAAGAAACGAAGAAGCUCAAUAGCAUGUUCCUUACGGCAAACCAAAGCAUGAUUGAUGUUCAAAAGAAUAUUGUCGAGAUGAUCCAGAAGACAUUGAUUGAGAAAGCUCGGGAAAUCCAGUUGGCGCGUACCAAAGCCAAGAAUGACAAGCCGAAGAAAGCGGGCAAGCCCGCCAAGUCAAAGACCGCGGGCUCUGGUGGCAAAAAGUCCACUGGCGGAGUCGCUCAGUCCAAGAAGGCUGGAGGCUCGAAAAAGGCUGCCCCCAAGAAGAGUCUCACCGCGGCAGAUAAGGACCAAAUUGCAAAUGCUAUUAAUGAUUUGGAUGGGCCUCAUCUUGACCGGGCAAUCGACAUUAUUAAGCGUGAUACUGGCCAAAAUGAGAACAAUGAUGGCGAGCUUGAACUUGACAUCGAUCAGUUGAGCAGCGACGCUCUUCUGAAACUCUGGGAACUUUGCAAAAAAGCUCUUCCCAACUUUGCCAAAGACUCAGUGCCUGUCGCAUCAACAGAGGUCAAUCGACCUCCUGCCAAACAGGCUGCCACUGCAAGCAAAUCAGCAGGAGGAAAAUCCAAGAAGAAUAAACCCAUGAGCGCACAAGAACAAGAGGCACGUAUUGCGCAGCUGAAGGAACUCCGCGGAUUGUACAAGGAUGGCCAGGAGCCUGGUGACGAAACCAGGGUGGCGCAACUGACACAUGGAGCGGAAACCAGUGACGAUUCCGACUCAGAGGAAGAAUAG